CCAUUGCUGGAUGCCUCACAUUGCUCCAGACAUGGAUCUAUGAGUACUUUCCCGCUUUCCGCCCUCAUGCUCGCCGAGAAGAUGUGCCAAACAUGACUAGGGCGGAGAUGUGGACACCGAAAAAACCAUGUCGUGAGCUGGACAGGUUGAGGGACUGCCGCAAGGUUCUUGAUUCAAUGACGGAGACUCAGGUUGAAUGGACUCCCUACAAUUCUGCUGCUGGUGCGUUGCUGAAUGAUCACCCACGCACCACCGUAAUCGGGGGUAUCACGUGCUUUGAUGUUGUGGAGGUGUAUUUGCCGGAGCGGACAUUGCGACAGAUUGGGUUCGUGCAGGCUAUUCCUCCCGCUCCUAUUAGACCAGCCAAGGCUGUCCGACCAGCACACGGUACCUACUACAUGACCUUUCCUUCUUCUGCUGGACUUCGUCGGGCUUCUGUUCCUUUUGAGGCUGAACCUAAUUACGUUGAUUGGUUCAAUGUGUGCUCACACUAG